AAAACGUUAAGAAAGAACUAAACAUCAUUUGCAUGCAUAUGUUCGGUUUCGUUAAUGAAGUAGGACACAUAAUCAGGUAGCCGCUUAUGCUCUCCAGAACGAAUCUCUCUCACUCCACACCUUAUAUGUAAAUGGCUUUAUACAUCGUGAUCCACGCUCAAAAAUUCAGAUCUCGAUUCUCGAAGUACUGAGGUACCUGUACUUACUAGUUAUCAUCAAAAUGGGAUUCAAGCGCAUCGAAGCCGGUUCGCUGUAAGCAUACGAGUAUCAGUAAUUUUAUUCCAGCGCGGAUAGACUGGUCAUUGGGCUGCAUAACAAAUUCGCACAUUGCUUGUAGAUGCUUUCUUUCCUUCCUGAUAAUAUUGGUUUUGGGGGUAUUGCUUUAACUGGAAUGGGAAUAUGGAUUCUGAUAAACAUCAUCAAUUUCCAAAGUGUGGUAAACAUUGUUGUUUUCGGCUAUGCGGAGAGUAUCUCUGCCUCGAACAGUGUCCUGCCUUCUGUUCUCGCUACUCUAAAGGUCAUAAGCGGUAUUAUGAUCUGCCUUGGCCCUUGUGCCAUUCUGGCGUUAUGCUUACUAGCGCGUUCCGUGACGUACGAGGAAGAUCGCACUUUUUGGGCCGCGUUGCGAUGGGAGCCGGUAAAGGUUAUGUAAAGGAAACUAUCGUGCAGGAGCUAAAUGCAACCGUGGGUUAUUAUGAUUACGUCUCCACUUAUUUGCUGCCGAAAUCAGACGACCUGCUGAUCGUGGACGCAAUGAAUAACUCGGAUGGAAAGUUCGUCCAUGCCACGCUGGUAUUCAAUGCUUUGCAAACCUGGUUCGGUUGCUGUGGUGUCACAAAUGGAUACUGUGACUUCAUGUCCGCUCCGUACAGCAGAAAUUCUCCGUACGGUUUGAUUGCGCCUGUAUUUUGCUGUAAAAUGUAUGAUCCCAAAUUGCUCCAGCUGGCAUCCGGUGGCAAAUGCUCCGAUAUAGCGUUUCGACAUUCGGAAUACGUUUCGAAUUAUCGUGUGGGUUGCAAAUCGGAAAUCGACAACUUCGUUGACUAUAACGCGUCUGCAAUUAUGGGCGUAACAAUGGGAACUGCCAUAGUAGAGCUUCUCACGGCAUUAUUUGCAGUCAUUUUAUGUCGCCAAGGAAAAACUGAUUAUGAUUAAGUGAGGACGACAUCUGCAGCUGUGGAAACUGCAAACGAUUUGCACAUUGCAGAUACGUUUACACAGUUUGACUUGUUAAGUUGGCCAUAUGGAUCAUUCACUGCCUUGAUUGUGAUUUUCCGUGAACGUUGCCGUUAGGAUUGGAAAAGCGGAUUUUGAUGCAGCCCUUGCUUAUGCGAUUUAUUUUCUACAUGCAAAGAAGUAUCUCGAUUUAUUUGUUUUAAUACUCACGGAUUUCCGAAUCUUUAUGAAACGGCGUUCACUGAAAUGCAACAUAUACGGAGUACUACAUCUCUGAUACGUGAAACGAACUAUUAAGUACUGUACUUCAAUGUAGCAUAUUUAAUUAUAUUAUACUGUAUAAUACAGUGAAUGUACUUGGUUGAUCAUCGAAUCCAAAUCUUAACUUAUAACUACAGCCAAAAUUUGCUCGAAGCACUCUGAGAACACCCCGGGGUUACUUAAAAACGGUAAACCUUUAUUGCAAAAACAUGUUUAAUUAAUGUGCUGGAAGCGUAACAGUGUCUAACAACAAGAAGAAUGCGAAAUGGUUUGCUCUUGGGGCAGAUGCUUUAUGUUGCAGAGACUUCGAACCGGCGACAUCGGCGCUAGUGUAGUCUAAAACAGUAGCUGCAUAUAAUUCUCUGUUAGGUGUAGCAUAUAUUUGUGGAGGGCGACUAUGUCCUCGCAGCUCUAGAUUCUUUGAAAUAUAACUGCAUUUUUUAAAAAAACUGCGCAAAGAUGGCGAUGGAUCUCGGUGGACCACGAUGCGCCAAGUACACGUUGUACGUGGUCAACGUGGUAAUUAUCAUCUUGGCCUGUGUGACACUGGGUGUCGGAAUAUGGCUCAGCACUAACGUUUCCAGCUUUGUUACCGCCUUGAAUCCUCAGCUGGAUCCUACGCAUGGUUUGGCGACAGAGUCAUUCCGCAACCAUGUCGGCGGCGGUGUCAGCAGACUUCAGACUGUCGCCAAUGUUCUCAUCACAGCCGGUGUAUUUGCCCUUUUGAUCGGAAUCCUGGGAUUCUGGGCGGCUUACAAAGAAUCGAAGUCGCUUUUGAUUACGUAUGGAGUCAUAUUGAUUCUGGUAGUUCUGCUGGAACUCGGUGCCGGUAUUGCGUUUGCUGUGGAUAAGCCGACAAUUAUCCACAAUGUGGCUCGCGAUUUUGCUAUGUCUGUCGAUAAUUACGAUUACGUUAAAACCGGUCUGGAUUCCAAUGAUCGCAUAGUCAUCCUCCAGGAUCGCACCAACAACAACAUUACGGAGCAGGCAACACUCAUGCUUAAUGUGCUGCAGACCUGGGUGGGAUGUUGCGGUGGUCUGCAUGGAUACAGGGACUUCGGGAACGCGCCAUCGCCGUACUGGAAGAAAUCGGGAGGUGUCCCUCCUGUAUUCUGUUGUAAACUGGUCAGCACCAAAACCUUGCAACUGGAAGAUCCGGGAUGCAUCAAAGUCCGAACGGAAGAGAAUUCAUGGAUGAACACGGGUUGUGCUGACAAAACCGCCGACAUAAUGCGGAAAAAUAUGCCUUCCGUCAUUGGAGUUUCCGUCGGCGUUGGAAUCGUUGAUAUUAUUGGUGUCGUCGCGGCGUUUUACUUUUACUACACGUUAUCUCACGGAUAUCGGGAAUUUUGAUCAAACCACGCUAAGAACCAGGCGGAAGAUAUUUUAUGGACGAUCUUGUGGAUUUCUAUUCCAUGUGUUGGCGUCUGUAGUUGCCAUUCUGAAAUCAAAGUUUUUUCGCAUUUAUAAAACGUUCAUCUCAGAAAUGUUCUUUUCCAAUGCUGUAUGUUCGUUUUUCUCUACCAGAACGUACAGUGCUGCGAAUUUCCACGAUUUCUGUUAAAAAUUCGUUAUACACUCACGAACAAUAAUUCUGCUACUGAGUUCAGAGUGACCUUUUGAUGGCUCUGGGCUCUCUACAUUAUUAUUUCGACAUCGGCUUGGGUUUUUCUUAUUAAAUGUAGUUCUAGG